UUCGAAAAGCUUGCGGGGUGGUCGAGGGAAGCGCGAGACCGAAAUAGAGAGAAAGAAAGAAGAGAGCGAUCGAACGUAUACGUGCAUCUGUAGGUAAAGGCGGAGAGCGAGGUAGAGAUAGAUUACACGAACUUCCGUAACUGAACGUCUCGCGGGGGCUCGUAUACGUUUACGCGGGGUCGAGUACAGCUGAAAAAAAGGGCGUGGACAGAUAUUAAACGAGCUAAAUAGUCUGAACCGUAAGCGUACGCUAAAGACACAAUGGGUAAGACGCCAAAGAAGGCGGCCCCUGGGGGCGAUGAGAGGAAUUUGUACAAUCGGAGGCUCAAGGCAACGACCGCGCCGUCGAAUUCUUCUGAAACUAGCUUGCACAAGAGACAACGCGAGUACGAGAUUUUGAACAGACUUAAACUGAACGUGUUAAAGAAAAUACCACCUGGACAGUGCAAAAAUAUCGAUGAAGUGAGACUUCGUGGGACUUCGUCAAAAUUGCCUGUUAAAAAACUCGGUAGGCCGCCAACGAGCUCCAAGCAAAAGAAAUCAUCUCUUCCGGACAAAGGUGAAGAGACGACAUCCAAAAGCAUGCAGCCGGAAUCAGAGGAAACGGAAGUCAAACUUGAUUCACGAAAGGAGGAUACUAAGAAGGAGAAUGAAGUUAAAAAUAACGAGGCCCCCGGGAAGGAGGAGAUCGAUGGUACUCCUUCGGAACCUGUCUUGAACUCCAUAGGAGAGGAAGGUUCGUUGAAUAAAGGGACAGUGAUGGAAGAAAGAACCGAGUCUCAGGAAAAUGCAACGUACGCGAAGCAAAUGCAUUCCAAUAAAGACCAAGAUACGGAGGAAUGCGCAGAUGACGUGAGCUUACGCUUUGAGCCUGAAGAAAAUGUCUCGAACUUGAACUCGAACGAGGAGAAAGUUAACGAGAACAAAGAUCUGAGAGAAGAGGGUAGCGAGAUGAGUGUGUCCACGGCGGCAACGGAAGUAACGAAAGAUGGCGGGAACGAGAAAGAAGAAGUACCGAGCGAGUCUCCGACCGAUACGGAGAGCUAUUCCGCGGAAGUCAUGGAAAUCACAACGUCGGAAGUGUCCGAGGCCUCGGAAACCGCUUCGCAGAACGACGUUUCGAAGGAGAAGGAGAAAUGCGAACAGAGCCUUAACAAGGAUCUCUCGUCCGUAUCGUACGAUCCUUCGAUAAUGCUGAAGGACGUGCAGAUCAAGCUGAACGAUUGUCUGAAGGAGAAUACGAAAGUGGUCGACACGAGUACUUCGAGCGUCCCGAGUACUCCGAGCCAACUAAAGGACGCUUCUUUCGGGAAGACUCUGAGGAAUAUUUCUGGGAGGCGUUCUCUGACCAGAAUGCGUCACGUCACGGUACGCGACCGUAGGUACUCGCCGAGCGAUUCGAUGUUCGUCAACACGUCCAGUGCGUCGCUGGCCCCGGAGGAGACGUCGGAUUUCAAGAUCAUGCGCUACCACCACACCGCUCUGGACCUGAGCACGAACGGUAGCCCGGCCGAGAGGAAACGGAAGCUCGAGCUCGAGGAAUGGUCCGCUAGCACGAAGAAACCGAAAACGGAGCCAGAGUAUAGCUUGCUGAACAGCUCGAUCACUUUACUGAAAGGAUUUCGCAGGCCCAUACAAGUAUCUACUCCGGUCUCGGAGCUGAAGUUCCAAUCUGGUAAACUGGAACUGAGCGACGAGAGCAAGUCGUCGAACGACGGCAAGAAAUGGUGCGCGAUCAUGUAAAUUGACCGAUUCGAGUCGCGUUGUCGUGAUACAUGAAAGAAGAAUUUUAUAUAUUUUUGCACGCUAGAAUGUGGUUAGUGCCAUGCCACGCAUUUGGAUAAAUAAUUCAUUUUGUCGUAUUCACGUAAAAACGAAUUUCUCUUUCGUUUCUGUAUCGAUUAUUUUCAUCUUUUUUUUCUUUCUUGUUGCACCAAGAGAAGACGUAUAUGGCACUUCAUUCUUCCUAGAAUGUUUCCUCUACUCGUACAUACGACGUAUCAUGCGAUUAUUGACAGAGGCUCAUAAAAAGACAUCGUUUGUUCUCAAUGUUUGAACUUUUAGAUCUUGAUCUUCGUGUACAGGGAUCCGCGGUACAUUGGACCUAGGUCUUUCUCCAAGGUAAUCAAGAAGCUAAACUUCACCGUUGAAAAAAAUGAAACUUAAUAAAACUCCUUCUUUCACUUCUGUUCGAUAUUUACCAUUUCCAAGGAAGACUGGUCCGACGUACCGCGCGUAACUACCUGUACAUACUAUGUAUAUUGUGCAUUAUGUCUUAGAUUCGUCAUUAGCGGUCGAGUAUAUAUUUUAUACGACCAACAAAGUGUAAUUAUAGAAACGUGUAACGAUAAAAAGUCCCCUUUUUCUCGGUCAUUCGAUGUAGCUACUCCACGGGAAAUCGACUUAUCGUUAGUAUUUACCGGGACGAUCUAUUUUUCAAACACUCAACAAUAUUUCUCGCGUGCAACUUACUCUGAAUCUCGAUUGUGUAGAUACGCUGUUCGCGUCUUUAUUAAUUAUCAACGUAUUAUUAAUUGUAUUACUGCUUUUUUGUCUCUUCGUUCGUGUCGAAUUUUAACGAAAAUUGUUUUACUUUUGACAUUUAAUAUGGAUUCAAUUUUUUUUUAUUCUUCGUAGACGUUAAGAGUACUGGUUUCGGCAUACAAGAGGUAAUUGUUCGACAAAGGGUAUACGUUUACCCUACGCGUCUUUGUUUGCCGAGACGAUUCUAGAGCUUACCUAUUUUUCAUCGCGAGUUUUAAACUCCAGCGAAAGAUUCGGCAGACUCGAUGACAAUUUUACGUAUUUUUAUUAAAUCGUUACGCCACUAGCUUGCAUUUUACACGGGGAGUCUCGAAGUCGAGUACGAUUUUCUUUUUUUCAGAUUCUUUACGAAUCCUCCAGAUUUGCCCUCCGUCUUUCGCUGCUGUUCAUCGUCACUACCGAUUCGCGAGGAGAAUCAAACGUUUAUCGACUAAGUCUAGAUGUAAAUAAUCGACGCUCUGGACAGAAUUCGCAUCGAUCUUGCCGCGUACGAAUCUGUCGAGCGUGUCGACCAAAGGCGAUGCAAAAAUCUUUGUUCUGUUGUAUUACGUUCACUCAUUACACUGCACACAAACACGUAGGCGUACUCAUGCACACAAGGUGUACCAUACUCCCGAGCCAUUCAUCUUCCACGUAGAAAUUACGUACGCUUGGCUUUCUUCGGGAUCGUUUGAAACGAGCGCAACAAUAGCUCUGCGUCUUUUUUUAUACUCGUUACACUCGAGCGUUCGAACGAUGUACGAAUGAUGUAUAUAGACAAACAGAUUUGAUAGUAAAUCCUUGGAAAUUCGAAAGACUGGUCAUUACGGUACUUCGACCUCGGCCCUGCCUGCCUCUCCCGCCUUUCCCAAGUUAUUACACCUAUACGACGCUACGUCGAAGCUGCAGGUGCGAACGACUGCAAUCAGGUCAGUCGCUUCGAUGCUAUCUGCCUGCAGAACAAGCGCGUCGACCCGGGGGCUAAUUAACUUGCAUUCCUCGCGAGUUCACCCGGGGCAAUCUCGAGAUGUUUAGAACGCGCAGCGUUUCGCAUUCGUUCGGCUUCUGCAUAGUUAGUCGGCAGAAGUCAAUCAAAUUCCAAGUGCAUACUCGCGGAGAAUGAGUUCCCGGAGAGUCUGGGAACAUCGGUGUGUUAAAAACCAUUUAUGCUAAUUCUAAUCUCUGGUCCGUCUAAAAACGCCGUCGUUCAGACUCCGAAAGUUUCUCGGACGUCGUACGAAGAGACUCUUUUGAGAGCGACUGUUUAAGCACAGCAGGCAGGGAGGGCUCGUUAAGAAUUUAUCGCAAGUCCGCGUCAAUCGUCGUUUUAAUAGCGACUUUAAAACUACCGUAUUUCCCUGAACUCAUUUCCGUCGGCAAUCGUUUCCCUUAAUUGUAAGUUCCCGUCGAAAAUGACCGAAUGCAGAAUUGCACUUUUAGAAACGUUCCAGCGAAUGCAAAGAACAUCGGCCCAAGCGUUAAUCCCGAGGCUGUGAUGAUACGUCCCAUUAAGAAAUCUCAUCUUCGACCUAGCUCGUUUAUUUCCUGAAGUCAUACCGUCUCAUUAAAGAUUUUCAUAGAA